AGGGUAAUUCUCGCUAGGUUACACUCCUGAGAUCAUUACAGUGUUAAAUUUCGCAAGGAUUAUCACUGUAUUAUAAGAAGAUAGAUGAAGCAGUUUGCAACAGAAGGUGUUCGAUACAUGUUGAAGUAAAAAACUGUGUUUCACGACGGACGAAAAGAUUCCUUACGAUCCUUAAAGAUGUUGUUCGUGCGAUCAUGGCUAGUGUUACUCGGCGUGAUUCUUUUUCGUUUGAAAUUAGUACAUGGCGGACAAUAUCGGUUAUAUAGUGACAACAAUUAUCCGUAUGGUGACAAUAAUCGACUCGCAUUUUCUCAUACCAAUGCACCACCAAUAAUGUCGAUUGCUCCGUGUAAAAAAUGUGAACCCAUAAUACAAUACGAGGAAUGUAAAUCAAAUUCGAUACUACAUUUUGAGCGUAUUGGUAUAAAAACAGUUGGCGAGUUUUUCGUUAAGAGUAAAGAAAUAAAGGAGUUGUAUCUCGACGACAACGAGAUCACGGAAAUCUCUAUUAAAGCAUUCGAUUCGUUGACCAAAUUGAAUAUUCUAAGCCUGAAUAACAACAACAUUUCCAUUAAUAAAAUGCUAUGGUUCAAUCAGCACGAUAAUUUGCGGGAUUUGAUUAUAAAUAACAACAAGUAUAAUGGAACUGACACUGUUAUAAAUAAAAUAUUCCAUCCAUUACCGAGAUUGGAACGUUUGUCCUUAAAAAACAACAGAAUUUCUAAUUUGAAUAUCUCGUUAAAAAAUUUCGCACCCUCUUUGAGAUCGUUGGAUCUAUCGGGAAAUAAUAUGGAAUCGAUCGAUUUUAUCAUGAACUUACCGGAAACCGUCUCUUAUCUGAAUUUACAUAAUAACUCGUUCUCGAAUAUAAAAAAAAAUUUAUACAAUAUUGAAAAUUUAUUGUUAAGUAGCAAUAAGAUCAAGGAAUUGUGCAGUAUAAAUUGCAAACAGCAUUCCUCCUUGUCGUUAGAAGGGAUGAGAAAAUUGUUGAAUCUGAACGUGUCCGAUAACUGUAUCAACACUGUUACGGAGAACGCGUUUAGAUACACGACGAAUCUUGUCUCGUUGGAUCUAUCCAGAAACGAGAUAGAAUCGCUUCCAGAGAACAUUUUUAUAGGCUUAGAAUCCCUGUUAGAACUUCGAAUGAGCCACAAUCGAUUUAUUUCCGUUCCGAAUAUAUGCGCGUUACAUUCGGUGAGAAACGUGGAUUUGAGCCAUAAUAGGAUCGUGGAAAUAACCAGCGACAGCUUCUGUUUCACGACGUUCAUUCAAUCGCUAGAUUUGUCCAAUAAUCAUAUCUUGAAUAUCAACAAUAAUUUCGAUAAACUGCAAACGUUGCAGAGGCUGGAUCUUUCGAACAAUUUUAUCAAUAAACUUCCGAUAAUGUUGAUUCAAAGGACACAAUUUCUUGAAAUUCUUUUGCUGAAGAAUAAUAGUAUAACGAAUAUCGACGAGCUAUUUACCUUGCAAUUGAGAACAUUACGCGAACUACAUCUUGAAGAAAAUCCGUUUUUGUCUUUAAGAUUUAACAAUUCAAUGAUAUACGUGAAAGAACAUAAAGAAUUGAAGAAUUGUGAUAUAGAAAUUGCUGAAAUAUUAAAAAAGCAUGAUACAAGUAUCGAAGAAGAUGAUUCUUCGAGCAAUGAAAGCAAUGAAAUUUACUAAUCUCAAUGAAUUUUUACAUCUUUUUCGUUUUUCGAUGAGAAACAAUCCUUCUUACGAUAAAUUGAAAAGUCGACCAAUAUUUGGAAAUGAAUUAUUUUUGGAAGAAAAUGCAAACAUUAUAUUUAGUGAUAUAUAAUAAAAUAUCUAGAAGAACGUUCAUCGCUAUUUUUAGAUUUUCAUGUAUUGUAAUUUUUUCAAUAUGCUUAUAUUCAACUUGCUUUUGUACAGCUUUGUUUUAAUCUUUUCCUUUAUUAUUUUUUUUAUUAUUUUUGUCAUUUUUAUUAAUACUAAUUGAUCACUAACACACGCGCAUCGAAAUAAUACCAGUUUUGCUACUAACAAUUCAAACUAUCACUAAUCUUAAUUUUUUUUAUUAUGUGAAGAAUAGAAUGAAACAAUAAAAUAAAAAAAGUCAUCAAUAUAUCAUCA